AUGGGUCUCAUUCAGAAGAUAGGAAGUGUCAUAGAACAUCACGGUACUAUGAAAGGUGACCCAGUGAAAAUUGUUCUCCGAUCUGAUGCGCAACCGUAUUGUGUUACGACUGCUCGACGAAUACCGUUCGCUCUUAUGCCGAAAGUGAAAGCAGAACUCGACAAACUAGAAAAUGAUGGUAUCAUUCGUAAAAUUAAUGAACCUACUGACUGGUGUGCACCAAUUGUUCCAGCAACAAAGAAAAACGGUGAUGUGCGUAUUUGCAUCGAUCUGAAGCGUCUUAACGAAGCCGUUAAACGUGAGUACUACAUGCUACCGAAUCUGGACGAUAUCUCUCCGAAAUUAAGCGAAGCGACCAUAUUCUCUAAAUUGGAUGCAGCAUCAGGAUUUCAUCAACUUAAACUGCACGAGGACAGUCAAAAAUUGACUACAUUUAUUACUCCUUUUGGAAGGUACUGUUACACGCGCGUACCGUUCGGAAUCUCGUCAGCACCCGAGAUAUUCCAAAGGCGCAUGGGAGAAGUACUAUCUGGGUUGGAAGGCGUAGAGUCGAUAAUAGAUGACGUCAUCAUCUAUGGAUCUUCACGCAAUGAACACGACCGCAGAUUAAAAGCAGCAUUGGAUCGUAUUAGAGAUGCAGGGAUCAAGCUAAAUCCCAACAAGUGCGAAUAUCGAAAGGAGAAAAUUGAAUAUUUUGGACACAUCAUCUCGAAAGAUGGUGUUCAACCUAGUCCAGAACGUGUGCACUCUAUUCUGGAUUUGCCACCACCGACUAACAUCAGUGAGUUGCGUCGUAUUAUCGGGAUGAUCAAUUAUCUUGGUCGAUUUGUUCCUGAUCUAUCCAGUAUCAUGAACCCUAUCAAUAAUCUGUUAAAAUCAGACACAGCGUGGACUUGGGAUGAAUCUCAGCAAAGUGCGUUUGACCGUGUGAAGAAACGCAUUACAGAAGCGCCAGUACUUGCAUUUUACGAUAUGACUCGACCCACUAUCGUUAGUGCUGAUGCAAGUAGUUUCGGUAUCGGUGCAGCGCUAUUUCAAGUUGUGGAUGGAGAGACUAAACCAAUCGCAUUUGCGUCUCGCACACUUACCGAGGCAGAGCGUAAAUAUGCGCAAAUUGAGAAGGAAUGUUUGGCCGGAGUGUGGGCAUGCGAGAAAUUCGACCGAUACCUCAUGGGAAUUGGAUCAUUCGAACUGAUUACGGACCAUAAGCCGUUAGUACCGCUGAUUAAUACUCAAGAUCUCAAUAAAGCGCCAUUGAGAUGCCAGAGAUUACUGAUGAGAUUACGUAGGUACAAUGUCGUAGCGAAACAUGUUCCAGGAAAACAACUCGUGGUUCCGGAUACGCUUUCGAGAAGUCCUCUCAAUAUCAGUGAUCAAAGCAAUACUGUUGAAGAUGUUACCGCAUACGUAGCGUCCGUGGUCAAUACGAAACCAUUAUCAGAUAAGAAAUUGGAAGAAAUUCGUAACGAAACAUAUUCAGAUCCGAUUCUACCUGACGUCAUGAGAUACACUAUGCAAGGUUGGCCGCAAAAAGAAAAUUCAUUGUAUGCGGAGUUGAAACCAUAUUUCGCGCCAAGAUUCGAAUUCUCAGUGUCUGAUGGUAUACUGUUCUAUAGAGACAGACUAGUGAUUCCAGAAUCCCUGAGAGCUGAUGUACUCGCAGCGAUACAUACAGGCCAUUUGGGACUGAACAAGUCAAGAGAGCGUGCAAAGUCAUCAGUAUGGUGGCCUGGAUUAUCAAGUGAUUUGGAACAUUUGAUCAGGUGUUGCGAGUUUUGUAAUACCAACCGUCCGUCACAGCGUAGUGAGCCACUUAAAACUACUCAGCUUCCUAGUCGUCCCUGGGUAAGGGUUGGAGCUGAUCUUUGCGAAUUACAGGGCAAAAAUUACCUUGUAGUGAUGGAUUACUUUUCUCGGUAUUUGGAGAUUGCCUACCUGGACAAUAUCACAAGUAAUCACGUAGUUGGCAAAUUAAAGAAUAUGUUUGCCAGAUGGGGCAUACCCGAGGAACUUGUUAGUGAUAACGGUGGACAGUUCAGUUCGAAAUCAUUUAGACAGUUUUCGAUUGAUUAUGGAUUUCAUCAUACAUUCUCCAGUCCUCAUUAUCCUCAAGCAAAUGGAGAGGCAGAGAGUGCGGUUAAAGUAGCCAAACGAAUACUCAAACAGCCGGAUGUAUUUCUAGCCCUAAUGGCUUACCGCAGUACCCCCGUACAUGCGACAGGUACUAGUCCAUCUGAACUCAUCAUGGGACGUAAAAUCAGAACUACCGUUCCGAUUGGUUCUGACCAACUAGAGCCUGGAUGGCCGGACCUAGGAAAAGUUAGGGAAAAGGACAGACAAUCCAAACACAGGAUGCGUGUAAACUUCAAUCGUAUGCAUGGAGCUCGCACUUUAAAACCACUUUACGUAGGUGACCGUGUUAGGGUGAAAACUGAUAAAGAAAAGUCUUGGGAUGAGGCAGGAAUCGUCACAUCUGCUGAUUACGCGAACCGCUCAUACUUUGUGAAAACUCUCAGUGGAGACCUCAGGAGAAAUCGUAAGCACUUGCUUCAUGUCAAUGAUGAAAUGCAAGAUUCAUCUGUGCCAAGUGAUUUUCAGUGUUCUUCCGCUAUGGAACCGGAACCGGAAAUUCCGAUGGGGAACCAGAAUUCAGAGGAAUCGCUGUGUACCGAAACAACCACACCACUUACCAAUGAAACUCCGAGUGUACCUGUUACGAACAUUCCACAGAGUAGCACUCCACCAGCUACCGUAAGGCGUAGUGGUCGCGAAAUAAAACGCCCCAAAUACCUAAGUGACUAUUUGCUGUGA